AUUGUGAAGUGGUCCGACUGCUGUUUGCCAUUAGCUUGCAGACCUGGGGAUCCUUAUCAAUUAAUUGCUGAAGCAAGCGUGGAUGACUUCAGCAAGCUGGGGGUGGCGUUCAUGGAAGAUAGACUCCAGAUGGCGGAUGGAUUGGUACCUCAAAAGAUUGUUUCCGUGCACUUGCAGGACCAUGCUCUGAAGGCACUGGAGGAUCAGCCCCCUAACAAGCAAGCCCAGAUCCUACCGCAGAGUCCUAAACCUUCCGCUGAGAGUAAGCCUGAGCCGGACGUUAUGGAGCAUGUUGGUAGAGAUGACCCCAAGGUUCUUGGUGCACAACCCAUACCGGGGAAAGGGGGUGCCUCUGGCAGCGAACCUGCCGAGGAGGGUGACAGAGGAGUAGGCUCCGUCGAGCACUGUCCGCUCCAUCUGUCUAGUUGCCAUGAGUGUCUGGAGCUUGAGAAUAGCACCAUCGAAUCUGUGAUGUUUGCAUCUGCAGAGAACAUUCCAGAUCUUCCCUACGAUCACAGUGGCAGUUCAGAGGAUGUUGCUGAUGAUAUCCGCCUGGAGAGAGAAGGGAGGAGGGUCAACAUCACGGGAAAGGCCCCCAACAUCCUCUUCUACGUGGGCUCUGCCCCCCAGGAAGCGCUGGACAGGUUCCAGGAGGUCCGGUCAGUUCUGGCUGACUGUGUGGACACUGACAGCUAUACGCUCUACCACCUGUCACGGGAAAGUGCUCUCAGAGACCCGUGGUCAGACAACUGUCUGCUGUUGGUCAUUGCCACCCAGGAGGCUAUUCCCGAAGACCUUUCCCAGAAGUUCAUGGCCUACCUUUCUCAGGGAGGGAAAGUAUUAGGCCUGUGUUCGUCCUUCACAUUUGCUGGCUUCCAGAUGACGAGCAAGAGUGCACUCAAGGAAACAGUCCAGAACUUGGUUUUCUCCAAGGCUGACCAGACCCAGGUGAAGCUCAGCGUCCUGAGCAGUGGCGACGUUUUUGAGGAAGACCCUGGGGAGCGGCUCAGCCUGGGCAAGCUCAAGGGUCACCUGGAGAAUGAGGACCAGGACAGGCUGAUAGUGCAAGUGCCUUUUGGAACGCACGGAGGAGAAGCUGUUCUUUGCCAGGCGCACUUAGAACUACCUCCCAGUUCUUCCGUGGUGCAAGCCCGAGAAGAUUUCGAUCUGCUCAAAUCAAGCAACGCUAGAAGAUACGAAGUCCUUCGGGACAUCCUGACGACGCUCGGCCUGAACUGUGACAUAAGACAAGUUCCUGCCUUAACGCCUCUUCACCUGCUGCCGGCCGCUGAGGAAAUCUGGGAUCCUCUUAUGUGGUGGCUGGGGAGACAUGUGGAUCCUGAAGGAGUCAUAAAAUCCAGCAAGGUCUCCCUUAAGUUUCUUUCAUCCUACACGUCUGAAAUAGAAAUCACCCCAUCUGCUCUACCUGUGGUCACUGACGUGGAGGCCUUCUCUUCAGAAAAUUUUAACUUAGACAUCUACCGACAGAAUCUGCAGACAGAGCGACUUGGAAAAGUAAUUCUGUUUGCCGAAGUGACUCCCACCACCAUGAACCUUCUGGAAGGGUUGAUGUUUGAGAUCCCGCAGGAAAUGGGGUUAAUAGCCAUCGCAGUCCGCCAAACGCAGGGCAAAGGGCGAGGAGCGAAUGCUUGGCUGAGCCCCCUGGGAUGCGCUCUGUCCACCCUGCUCAUUUCCAUCCCACUGAGAUCCCAGCUGGGACAGAGGAUCCCCUUCGUCCAGCAUCUGAUGUCCCUGGCCGUGGUGGAGGCAGUGAGGUCCAUCCCUGAGUACCAGGAUAUCAACCUACGAGUGAAGUGGCCCAACGAUAUUUACUACAGUGACCUCAUGAAGCUUGGUGGGGUUCUGGUUAACUCGACGCUUUUGGGAGAAACAUUUUAUAUACUCAUUGGCUGUGGAUUUAACGUGAGUAACAGUAACCCUACCAUAUGCAUCAAUGAUCUCAUCACAGAAUACAAUAAGCAACACAGGACAGAGCUGAAGCCCUUAAGAACUGACAGUCUCAUCGCCAGAACUGUGACGGUGCUGGAGAAACUGAUCGACACAUUUCAGGACAAAGGGCCCAAUGGCAUUCUUCCCCUUUAUUAUAAGUAUUGGGUACACAGUGGCCAGCGGGUCCGCCUGGGAAGCCUCGAGGGGCCAGAGGUGUGGUUAGUCGGCCUGGAUGACUCCGGGUUCCUUCAGGUCCAGCAGGAGGACGGCGAGGUGAUGACCGUGCAUCCCGACGGCAACUCCUUCGACAUGCUGAGAAACCUGAUCGUCCCCAAACACCAGUAGCCAGGCCUGGGACCUGCGUGCGGCCUGCCUGGGGCCACCGCGCAGGAGGGCCACCGCAGCCAGCAUUCCAGUUCAUUCCUGCCGCCUUUCCUCGCCUAGGAUCUGGAAAACGGAUUUAGAGCUGUAGGCGAAGGUGGCCUCCCUCCCGUUCAUCUGCUUAAUUACUUCAUGUUGCUCUGUCUGCUGCCAUUUUUCUUGGCGUUUGCAGAUGUUCUGGGGUGGAGGGAUGACAAGCGGAAGAUUUAGUUCAGGUGAAACACCGCCACAGGUGUGAAAUCCUUCUCCCCCUUGGGCUCGGAUGGGUGUUUAUUGGCCAAAAAAAAAAAGUUUUUAUUUUGGAAAACAGCAAUGGAAUAAUUCAGAUGUUUCCCCGGUAGCAGAGACCUUCACUCCCAGACUAUUAAAAAACAGAUCCAAAAAAGCUUCCAGGCCCAGGCCGGCGAUGAGAUAGAGGUUUGGUGACCCCGUUUACGAGCAUUCGGGGAGGUGUUUUCUUAGAGGAACAUGCAUUGGCACUUGGUCGUUGUUUUAUUUGUUUGCUAAUAAGAAAAGAGACGGUAGACUCGUGAGCGUUAAGUCUGGGCCCAGUGGUUUGAGGGUGUCCCUGGUGUGGUUGCAGUGACCUUGUAGAGGAGAUCGGUUACUUACUUCGACAUUAAUUUAUGAGCUCUCUUUUCCUAAGUUUGAACUCACGGCAGAUUCUGAAGGGACGGGAUCAAGUUCAAGAUCCUUAAGGCGUUGAUUAGUCCUCGUGUGCAUGUGGGGUGGAUGAUUGGGCCCUAACAGUUGGAGACGAAGACUCAGGCAUAUACCCCACACGAGGGAGGAUUUGGAGCUUCUAAGCCUGUGGUGGGCUCGCUUUGAAGUCUGGAGCAUUCCUGAAAGACCCUUUGGUGCACAGAAUGUAGCAGUACGUGGCAUUUUAUUUGUAAGUCGUAAUUUUUUUGCCUCCCCUUUCCUUAAAUUGCCAAGAAACAAAAUGCAGCUGAUACUGAACACCAUCAUUUAAGGGUGUGUGUGUGUGUGUGUGUGUGUGUGUGUGUGUGUGUGUGUGAAGCUUUAAAAAGAAGACUUCAAGAUCUGAUGCCCUAAAAGUCUCCCUGGAAGAACAAAAGAAAGGAAACCUUUUGAUAUGCAUUUGCGAUCUCCAGAUGCACUCCAUGCUUUCUCCACGUCACUGCUAUCUCUGAACUUGUGAAUCACACACGGUCCUUUUCAGCCUUAAAAGGCCAAUUUUUUGCCCACUUUCUUCCCUUCCUGCCAGUCCCAACUGAAAUUAGUGGAAAGAAAACUCGAUGGAGCUCUCGGCUUUGAACAGAAUCCCCUCAUUGAACACUAGCACCAGCUUGACCCAGUCAGGCCAAUUCCAGAAACUCGUGGUUUUCAGUAUAAAAUCUGCCUACCUUUAGCCAGGCACAGGCAGCACCAUAGGAAGGGGCGGGGGGGAAUAGCGUGUUUAGUUUAGUACACCAACCCAAUAUGUGUUUUUUGGAAAUGGAACUUUAAAAGAACUUCAGAAGUAAUUUUUGCAAAUAAGGCUUCCGUUAGAAUUACUUUUCUCAAAAAAAAAAAAAUGCUCUCUCCUAUGUGUCCAAGUCUUCUUUUGGAACUAGUGACAAGUUUCAAUAAAAGUCCACAGCACCCCAAAAUCACCAAAUGGACUCACCCUUGAGAGAGGGCAUCUGCAAAAUAUCAUCAGGAGGAAAGAUCUCCAGGCUAAUGUUGCAAGUUUCAUUUCUCAAAGUUUGUAACAUAAGGCAAGUCAUCUCUCAGAGCUGCCAUUGUUACUGUUUGAAUUUCUUUGGGGGGUUCUUUAAUGAAAAACAUGCUAUGUUUUGUUUUAAGCUGAAGUCCCAUUCUAGACAGUUCUGCUUUGGGGGGAAAAUGUUAUCAUUUAAUUUCCUUUCUGUAAAUUAAAACUAAUGAUGUGUGGCCGUGUCAGUGCAGAUGGAGAUGAUCCGGGCAUGCUGCUUGGCCUCUGGGCUUUCAAGACUGUUUCUUGCUUGUGCCGCCGCACAGUUGUCUUGGGAGAGACAAAAUAGACUUGAAGCAGAUGAUACGUUUUCUGUAAACCCGAUCUUGCCUCCUAUGAACCAAAGACUUUUGAAAUUCUGCUUCAUCUAGAAGCGCUGAAUGAAAGCAUCUUCCUUAGAGCUAUUAGCGUUGGGGAAAUUACCUGCCUGCCGCACUACCCUCAUGGCUCGGGGGCCUUUGCGCACCUGGCAAUCUCGAAUCUCGAGGAGCUUUAAAGUCUUAACAGAAACGUUGCAUGUUCUUCAUAAUCUUUAAAACACGGCAGCCGAACUCAGGACUGGCAUGCGCUUCCAGGGCCCUGGAUUUGCUCGCAAGUUCAGAGGCCCUGCCGCGAGCAUCUACCUGGUUAUGUCAAAAAAAAAAAAAAAAAAAAAAAAAAAAGGCAAGACCUCCUUGCUUCUGGGCUGGCCACAGAUUUCAGGGGAAGCCCUGGGAAAGCUCCCCCUGAAUGUGCACAAGGAAGUUUCCCCUCGUACACAUCUUUUUCCCAAAAGGCCUUCCGGCGGCCCCUACCAAAGCAGCGCCCCUUGACCCUGGGCGAAGUCGCAGGAUUCGUGUCUGGUCCGAAACAGUCGGUGGGGGGCGCUCCUGCAGACUUUGCCCGAUGUGGGAAUAAGUGGGCCGAUGGGGGGGGGGGUGCGCACAAGCCCAGGUGCGGGGAGCAUGCAGCCUCCAGACCCCGGGCCCCCCACCUACCCCCGCGGGGGUGGCCUCUGUAGUUGCCCCUGCCCUGGAGUCUAGGAAGCCGGGGAGAAGCCAGCCUCCCCCAGCGGCUUCAGAACGCAGCAGGAGACGUUUUCGGCUUGCAUUCGGGAAGGUCUGCUUGCUCUUAACAGGCAGCACGCGGAGAAUCCUUAUUCCUGGGUUAUGACUAUGCACCUCUGAAAUUUUAAAAAGCGUAAGCCUUCGCAUUUGUACCUUUUCCAAGAAUCGUCUCAGAAAAGUAAUUACUUUAAGCCAAUGCCUGUAAGAAGCAAGUCUACCAAAAUAAACUUCAAGAUUUUCUGUACA